CCCCAAUGCAGCCGUGGCAGGUGUGGGCAGAGGAGCUGUUCAAGCUGGCCACGAACAUCCUGGCCCGGAACGCGUCGUGGAACACGCUGCUCAGGAAGGCGCACACGAAGCUGACGCUGCAGCUGAACCCGGACGGGCGGAUCCCGGUCAAGAACAUCCUGAAAAUGUUCUCGGCCGACAAGAAAAGGGCGGAGACGGCGCUGGAGUCGUGCGGGCUGGGCUGCGGCAGGGUGGGCUCCCAAGAACCCCAAAAUCGCCCCCAAAUCACCCGAAAUCACCCCAAAAAUCACCCCGAAAUCCCGUGGCAGGUGUGGGCAGAGGAGCUGUUCAAGCUGGCCACGAACAUCCUGGCCCGGAACGCGUCGUGGAACACGCUGCUCAGGAAGGCGCACACGAAGCUGACGCUGCAGCUGAACCCGGACGGGCGGAUCCCGGUCAAGAACAUCCUGAAAAUGUUCUCGGCCGACAAGAAAAGGGCGGAGACGGCGCUGGAGUCGUGCGGGCUGGGCUGCGGCAGGGUGGGCUCCCAAGAACCCCAAAAUCGCCCCCAAAUCAGCUGGGCCCCGCGGGCCCUCAUCGACCGCUACGAACCAAACAGGACCUUCAGGGAACGGGGCCAGCUGUCCCUGGAGGGCUUCUGCCGCUACCUGGGCGGGGACGAGAACGGGAUCGUCCCCCCCGAGACGCUGGGGCUGCACCAGGACAUGAGCCAGCCCCUGUGCAGCUACUUCAUCAACUCCUCGCACAACACCUACCUGACAGCGGGCCAGCUGACGGGGCUCUCCUCAGCCGAGAUGUACCGGCAGGUGCUGCUCAGCGGCUGCCGCUGCGUGGAGCUGGACUGCUGGCAGGGCCGGCCCCCCGAGGAGGAGCCGCUGGUGACGCACGGCUUCACCAUGACCACCGAGGUGCCCUUCAAGCUGGAGCCCGGCGUGCCCCUGCCCAGCCCCCAGGAGCUGCUGGGCCGGAUCCUCAUCAAGAACAAGAAACGGCGCCCGGGGGGGGCCCCGGCCCGCCCCAAAGCCAGCGGCCCCCCCGAGGUCGGGGUCCCCAACGGGGACGAGCGGGGGGCGCCGCCCCGGAGAGCCCCCGAGCGCGAGGCCGACAGUGAGGAGGAGGAGGAGGAGGAGGAGCAGCCCCAGGAGAUGAAGAAGCCGACGACCGACGAGGGCACGGCGGGCAGCGAGGUGACGGCCACCGAGGCCAUGUCCAGCCUGGUCACCUACGUGGAGCCCGUCAAGUUCAGAUCCUUCCAGACAGCCCAGAAGCGCAACAGGAGCUUCGAGAUGUCGUCGUUCGUGGAGACCAAGGGGCUGGAGCAGCUCACCAAGAGCCCCCUCGAGUUCGUCGAGUACAACAAGCGUCAGCUGAGCCGGGUGUACCCCAAGGGGACGCGCGUGGACUCCUCCAACUUCCACCCGCAGCUCUUCUGGAACGCCGGCGUGCAGAUGGCAGCGCUCAACUUCCAGAGCCUGGACGUGCCCCUGCAGCUGAACCUGGGGCUCUUCGAGGCCAACGCCUCCUCGGGGUUCCUGCUCAAGCCGGAGCCGCUGCGGCGCCCGGACAAAGCCUUCGACCCCUUCGCCGAGGGGCGGCUGGACGGCAUCGUGGCCAACACCCUCAGCGUGCAGGUGCUGUCGGGGCAGUUCCUGUCCGAGCGCCGCUGCGGGCUCUUCGUGGAGCUCGAGGUGUUCGGGCUCCCCGUGGACACGCGGCGCCGCUGCCGCACCCGCACGUGCCAGGGCAGCCCCUUCAACCCCGUGUGGGACGAGGAGCCCCUGGUGCUGCACAAGGUGGUGCUGCCCGCCCUGGCCUCCCUGCGCGUGGCCGCCUACGAGGAGGGCGGGCGGCUGCUGGGCCAGAGGGUGCUGCCCGUGGCCUCGCUGCGCUCAGGUGAGACA